AUGGAAAAUAUUCUUGAAAGUUCAAUAUCUUCUUAUAUUUCUGAAGAUACCAAACAAUUUUUUACUGUAAAUGCUUUAAAUCUUGAUAAAGCAACAAAAGGUGUUUUUCGUUGUGUGUCUGCUAAAGGAAAUGGCACUUGUUUUCGAGUUGCAGCUACAUGUGUGGCAACGAAUUAUCACGUUACACAAUUGAUUCUUACUCCUCGACCAUAUGAUAUACCAAUGUUCAUCGAUGAAAUGAACGUUGAUUCUUCAUUUAAUAUUAUAAAAUCAUAUUUUACUAGUGAUGAUUCUGAACAAAACAAAUAUCCAGCAGUAGAAAAAUAUAAAUAUAAUGGUAUAGAUGAUUCAAUAGCUUUUCAACAACAUAUCAAGAUAGAUCCUUUAUUGGGUGUCCAGAAUGACUUUGAUUACCCGGACUAUUGUAUGGUUUCAUUAAAACUUCAAUUGAAAUCUUAUAUCUUAUUUAUACCAUCUAUGCGAAUUGGCCAAGUGGGUCAAGGUGUUAAAGAUUCUAAAAAAACGUUUACUAUUGAUAAUCAAUGUAUAUUAUCAAAUGAAUGUCUUUUAAAUGGAUCAUCCGGAGGACUUGUUUUAUUAGAUGGAUUUCAAACAAGUUCAGCAAUCGAUCGAAAUAGAAAUGAAUGGACUUUUGUUGAAUAUUCAGCUAUUUAUUUUGGUGGUGAAUAUGUUCCAUAUCGUGAAUGUUUAUCAAUUAAUCCGAUCAAACGUCAAUGGCUUAGUCUAAGAAAAUAUCUUGAAGGUGAUAGAAAUAAUUUAUUUACAAAUCAAAUAACCUAUUCCACUGGUUCAUCAUAUCGUUGA